CGUUAGCACGAACUUAGGCGCCGUGAUGACUGCUACAAAAUAAAAAUAUAUAAAUUUCCAAAACAAUUCUAAAUAUUCAUCUACUCCAAAUAAAAAUUCUGUAAAAUAAAUUACGAUAAAUAUUGUUAAAAUUGUCAAACUCGUUGCAAUAAAACGCUAAUACAUCAAUUAGACGACUUGAGCAAGGGUCGAAUAGCAAUUGAAGUAUACAUUCAGGCGCACUUUCCUUUUCACGCACACCCACUCACCUGCCAGUGCUUGUGGCCAGCCAAGGUGGACACUGAAAAGAUUGGCACAUAUACUGAAGCGUGCGGCUGUAUAUUGAGUCGUCUGUGCUAGUGCAGUUUUUAUAUGUCAACGAUGUUUUUCGUUUGCGAUCGUUUAUUCGGUUGGCAAUGAAUACGCGCCUUAGCACUUAAGUGGAAUUUGAACCGCAAGUUUCGUGCAAGAACAACCUUAAACUACAACCAAACGUUAUAUAACGCGGACGAAAAUUGAAAAGUACUUAUACUCGACUUAAAGACAACGAACGAAUGCCUACCGUUUUGAUGCGAGCGUUUCGUGAAUCGAGAACUGUUCGAGCACAUGUGCGGGCUACAUUUUAAAACGCGAAAUAGUCCGUCUCAAAAGACGUCCCUGCGCUGGGGCGAUAGCUGCAGUUUUCAGUAAAAGAAAUAUUUGUGCACAUUUUUUGUUAUCAAAAAAAAAAAAAAAAAUUACGCUUCAAGCGUAUCAAAGCAGUAAUUAUAUAAGUAGUAAAAUCAUUCCAAAAAAUAAAAAAGUUUCGAAAUUAAAAUUAAGCAGUCAUCAAACUAUACAUUUGAAGCGUUUUAACUAGAAAGUGCUCCGAUUGGCCAUGUUGUACUUACUGACAACAACAUAAGAUCAAACUGCAACUAAGCAAGGACAAGGUCAUCACUCAGUCGUAAGCAUUAGCUGUCUAACCUGCAACUAAACUAAGACAAACUUUCGAUUAAAAUAAUAAUUUGGAGAUAAUACACGUUUCAAGGCAGCGCAACUAACUACAAACAUGAUUAAUAUCGCUGGUGUUGUGAGCAUUGUGCUCUUCUAUUUGUUGAUUCUAAUCGUGGGCAUUUGGGCGGGACGUAAGAAAGCGGCCGGCAAUGAUUCUGAGGAGGAGGUGAUGCUAGCAGGACGCUCCAUUGGUCUUUUUGUUGGCAUAUUCACAAUGACCGCAACUUGGGUCGGGGGUGGCUAUAUAAAUGGUACAGCAGAGGCCAUCUACACAUCGGGUUUGGUGUGGUGUCAGGCGCCAUUUGGUUAUGCCUUAAGCUUGGUUUUCGGUGGUAUUUUUUUUGCAAAUCCCAUGCGUAAACAGGGUUACAUCACCAUGUUGGAUCCGUUGCAGGAUUCUUUUGGUGAACGUAUGGGUGGUUUACUUUUCUUGCCAGCACUUUGUGGUGAGGUAUUCUGGGCUGCUGGAAUUUUAGCUGCUUUGGGCGCCACUUUGUCCGUCAUCAUUGAUAUGGAUCAUCGCACUUCGGUGAUACUUUCUUCUUGUAUUGCCAUUUUCUACACACUUUUCGGCGGCUUGUACUCCGUUGCUUAUACCGAUGUAAUACAAUUGUUUUGCAUCUUUAUUGGCCUAUGGAUGUGUAUACCGUUUGCAUGGGCCAACGAUCAUGUGAAAAGCUUGUCAUCGAUGGAGGUUGACUGGAUUGGCCAUGUAGAACCAACGAAGCAGUGGUUUUACAUAGACUAUGGAUUGUUGCUGAUCUUUGGCGGUAUACCCUGGCAGGUGUAUUUUCAACGCGUGCUAUCGAGUAAGACAGCUGGCCGCGCUCAAUUGCUGUCAUAUGUUGCGGCCGCAGGUUGCAUCCUAAUGGCGAUCCCACCGGUACUCAUUGGCGCUAUUGCCAAAGCCACAGCAUGGAAUGAAACCGAAUACGUUGGCCCCUAUCCACUGACCGUCGAGCAGACGAGCAUGAUUCUACCCAUGGUAUUGCAGUAUCUUACCCCCGACUUUGUAUCCUUUUUUGGUCUUGGCGCCGUAUCAGCUGCUGUCAUGUCCUCGGCGGACUCGUCGGUGCUCUCGGCCGCCUCCAUGUUUGCACGCAAUGUUUACAAGUUGAUUUUCCGGCAGAAAGCUUCCGAAAUGGAAAUUAUUUGGGUGAUGCGUGUCGCAAUUAUAAUAGUGGGCAUACUUUCAACUAUAAUGGCGCUUACAAUUCCCUCCAUCUAUGGUCUUUGGUCAAUGUGUUCGGAUUUAGUGUAUGUCAUAUUGUUCCCGCAACUUUUGAUGGUCGUACAUUUUAAGAAGCACUGUAAUACCUAUGGCAGUCUCGCUGCCUACAUAGUAGCGCUCUUUAUUCGUUUAUCGGGCGGCGAAGCAUUGCUUGGUUUGCCGCCACUCAUACAUUUCCCCGGCUACGAUGCGGAGACACAAACACAGUUAUUCCCCUUCCGCACCACGGCCAUGCUAAUGAGUCUGAUUACACUGAUAGGAGUUUCCUGGUGGACAAAAAUGAUGUUUGAAUCGGGCAAACUUCCGCCGGGUUACGAUUAUUUCCGUUGUGUAGUAAAUAUUCCUGAAGAUGUACAAAGGGUGGGCGAGCCGUCAGAAGCUGGAGAGCAGCUUUCUGUUAUGGCUGGCCCAUUGGCACGUUCCUAUGGUGCUGCCACCAUGGCUGGCAAGGAUGAGCGUAACGGGCGUAUUAAUCCAGCGCUCGAGUCCGACGAUGAUCUACCCGUUGCCGAGGCGAAACGCAUGAAUCAGCAGACAGCGCAGGCGCAAGUGCAGAAAAUGUUGAGCAAGGCAGCGGGCAAAGGUGGCAGCGGUAGUGAGAGUAGCAACAUCGGCGGCGGAGGGGGUGGCGUAGGUGUCGGAAGCAAUUUAAGCGGACAAGGUGUGGCUGUGCCAACUGCUGAGCAUGAUAAUACUGCCUUCUAAGUGAAUAUUUAAUCAUGACACAUAUAUACGCAUACACACACAUACACACAUAAUAACACACAUGCAUACGUAUAUAAGGUACAUACGGACAUACAGAGAAAAUACUUGUGCAUAAUUAAUAUAUAAAUUCAAAAUUGUAUACCAAAAUAAAGAGUAUUGCCAGGUUAGCAUUGUAAGAAAAAUGUUGAAAAAGAAGUUAAAGAUUUAAUAACUUCUCAACUGAUUUUAAGGUUCCCAAAAAAACUGCAAAAAAUUAUUGGCAAAAUCUCUACGGGUAACCAACUACUACGAGUACUAUACACAAGGUACACAUACACGCUUGCACAGACAUAUUACAAGUAAAUAUACAAACGAAAAUAGACUUAGAGGAGUGCUCGCCAAGCAGUUGGAUAAGUACGUAAAAGUGAUGGUAUUUAAAUUAAGCUUAUGAACUAAACAUAUCAACGCAUGAAAGAAAAUGCAAAUAAACAAAGCAAAACUUUACUAAUUAUAUAUAUAUUAUUAUGUACGGUUAUAAACUAUUUUCGUGUAGUGUUGCCAGUGUUGUAAAUUUUUUUUGUUCGAUGUGUUUUUCAGCCACUGAGUAUAUAAAACCAUGUUUGUUGUAAUAACUUCAAAAGUAAUCUAAUGUUGAACAUUUCACUUAAAAUUAAUAUUAAACUACAGAAUAGUCUAAACAAAGAAAACUAAACUAAUUUGGAAUUUAGCGCUUGCUUGCAACAGAUCUUUAUGUUGUUACAACAAGUAAAUCUGCACAUAACACUCACAUACAUACAUAUACAUAU